GGGCGCAUGCUUUUACAGUUAACUCCACAUCCUCCGGUCCGUUAUUCCGGUUCAUGAACAGCCUGGGUCUCGAGGAGUAGGAGGACACACCGGCGAGCUCGUUCACCUCAGUCUCUAAUCCGUCCUCGACGGUCCGUCCCGUGUUACACAUGUUCUGCUGAGGACGCGCGCACCAACCGACAAAAACCGACCAUGUCCACCGGGUCGCUUAGCGACGUUGACGACGAGCUCCUGGACGGCAUCCUGAAGUUCGGCUCUUCCGGUAAAGACUCCGGUACGUCGAACGAGAGCACCGGGGAGAGUUCGAACUGCGAGGGCGGCUCGGCCAACGACAAAUCAGCCCAGGGAAAGAAACGGAAAACAGGGUCCGGUAGGAAAACCGCGCUGAACGGCGUGGCGCACGAUGGGGGCGGCAAGCAGCCGCAGAGGAACGCGGCCAACGCACGGGAGAGGGCAAGGAUGCGAGUGCUAUCCAAAGCGUUUUCCCGUUUGAAGACGACUUUACCGUGGGUCCCGCCGGACACCAAGCUCUCCAAACUGGACACACUUCGCCUCGCCUCGAGCUACAUAGCCCAUCUACGACAGAUCCUCGCCAACGACAAAUACGAGAACGGAUUUAUCCACCCGGUGAAUCUGACGUGGCCCUUCAUGGUCGCCGGGAAACCGGAGAAUGAUUUGAAAGAGAUGCUCAACACCAGCAGGUUGUGUGGAACAACCGCCUCGUGAUGUAACGGACAUUAACAUUAACCGUCAAGGGAUGGACAUUUUUUUACAGAUGGACAGAAAUGCACGUCAUCUCUCCUAAACCAAAACAUGAGUGGAAAUACCGGGAGAGCGCACGCUCUCUCACGCGUUCCUAUACAGAGAAGCUGAUUUUAUAUUUAAAGUGUUCACAUGUUGCCUUUGCUGGUUCGAGGACAUAUUGUGUUUUGUAUACGUUUUUAUACUCUUAAAAAUGCUUUAAAAAACAAAACAAAAAACUUUGUCACACGAGUAUUUGUUUUAGCGGUGAUGUUGUCCGUCACCGCGUUGGAAGUGCACGUGAAAAAAUGUCUCAGUAUCCCAUCUGAAUAGACAGAUUUUAUGUAAAUAAAAUGUAUUCAUCGCAUAAUUUUCUUCCCCAAUGUGCAUUGUGUUGGAGUUGGACUAAGAGCAAUUUAAAUUCUACAGGACACCUUUUUGUAGUUACUGUAGGCUAUAGGCUAUUUUCCUGCUAACCUUAUAAUAACCCCUGGUUAUUACCAAUCCCUCCAAAUCACAGCGCAAAACUCUACAAACGAGCACCGGGGGAGAGAAAAAAAAAUCUAAGUGUCCACAGGUCCAGGUUUAUUUGUUUUUCUUUAUCUCCAAAAGUAAACAAUGGAUAAAACCUACUAGACUAUCUCGUUCAAAAAAAAACCAAAAGAUAUGUUUUGCGCCUUGGUUAGGGCCUGCCUGUGUUUCCUUUUAUACAAUUAUUCCAAGGUGGUUUCUUCCUUUUGACGUGAAUAAAUGUCGGUAAUAGUGUCGCAAGAGAAUAGGUAUGUAGGUAUGUAAACGCGCAGCGCUUAAUCCAGUUGCAGACGCCUUGUUUAAUUCACGCGGGUUAAUGACAGUACUGUUUACACUCGGAGGAGAGAUAUUUAUGCAGCUAGCAGCUCACUCUGGCGCGUUAGGCAGGGAGGAUAAACCCCGGUCUGGGACAGCCCGGUGUCACUGUGCAGCUACAUUACACACAGACACACACACACACACACACACACACACACACACACACACACACACACACACACACACACGGUCACUCCUGAGCUGCAAACACAGAGAUUAUUAUAGGAGAGGAGAGGAGAGGACAAGAGGGAGAGGAAAGAGAAGACAAGAGGAGAGGAGGAGAGAGGAGAUGGUAUAAAAACAAGCCCCCACAUCCAUCUGUUAGUGUCAUGUUAUUGUAGCGAUCCACAGGCGGGAUGACCCACACAUAGCCUCGCUGGGACAGAUUGUAUACAGUGCCUGCCGAAAGUAUUCACAUCACUUACACUUUUUCAAAAUUCUGUUGUGUUACAAAGUCGGAUAAAAAUUGAUUUAACUGUAAUAAUUUUUUUGUUGCUGUCAAAGAUCGACUCAAAAUAUGAUGUAAUAUCAAAGUGGAAUAUUUUUUUUAUUACAUGUAUAUUUUUAAUAUUGGAAAAUAAAAACAAAUAUAUUUGGAUUAGACAAUUA